AUGUCGAUCUUCAGUGGUGCAAACUUGGGCUGGUUCUACUCGUUCGCUUCGUCCAUGACCGGCGCCACCAUCAAUUCCUCCGCUUCAACCAAGUCAAUAGGCCUCGCCGGCGCUUUUUCCAACACGCCUCGCGCUGAUAUGACUGUUACUGUCACUGUCAAGAAGGGCUAUGAAACCGGCACGCUCAAGCUCUCGCCCCGCGUCCGCUCGAACUCCGAAAUUCUAGGCAAGCUCCCCGACGGCACCGUCAUCCACGACGCAUCCUACGAGCCCAUGAAAGCCGUCGUGCAGCACCUCGACGGCGACGAUGACUUCGACUACAUCCUGAAGACCGACUCCCGCACCCCGCUGCGCAUCGUGCAAGUCUGGACUCUCGCAGGCCAGCUGAAGCUAUUCAACGUGCAGAACCGCCUGAUACAAGCGGCGACGGAGUUCUAUCUGCGCCACUGGAAGCGCUACCAGUUCGUCCCAGAUGUCGAGCCCUUCCAGUUCAUCUAUAAGACGUUCGGGACGCUAGGCGAGUCGCGCAUCGGCCUGUUCAUCGUGACCUUCUACGCUGGUCUUGCGGGGCCUUGGUUCGCUGCGGACACGCCUGAUAUGCCGUAUGAGUUGCGGUGCCAGCUCGUGAAGAUGGCGAAUGCUAUCCAGGCUAUGGGUAUGGAUUUCAUUUUGAUGGCUUGGGAGCAGGCUAGGGUGGAUAAUCAUAAGGGCGAUUCGCGCAAGGCGCCGGAUCUGAAGCUCGAGAUCCCUAUGGCGGAUUCGUGUAGCGAAUAUGGUAGGGGUCAGCUUGCUAUUGAGGACGGGAACGCGUAUGCUGCGAGCUACGCUUCUUCGAACGUUUCCGGUUGUACUGCAGGCUCAGGCGCAUCGAAUCUGAGCAAGGCAAACAUUGACAAGCUCCAGAAGCUGGGCAAGGCACCUUCCGCCAUCACCUCCCGCAUUAUUGCUGAGAUCAACAAGGCCAAGCGCAACGGUGGUGCAAAGUCAGAUGCGUCCGGCCAUUCUCGCGGCUCCUCCCAUCGCUCUGAGGGCGGCAACUCGGGCACUUCACGCAACUCUGCGACCUCCUCGCGCGGUAGUAGCAAGGCCAACUCCUUCGCAUUCCACUGUUCUAGGCACUCCUGCCGUAGUGAAUCGGUCAAUUCCGGCGCGUCCAAGGUCUCGAAAGCUUCGUCCAAGUCGAAGUCGUCCCGUACGCCGUCUGAGAUGGAAAACGAGCUGAACAAGUAUGCCCGUGCGGGUGCUGUCUUUGCGAACGCGCUGCCUCCAGGUACACGUACGGCUCCGCGGACAGUCUUCGACGGCGGAAAGUCGGUAGCAGUUUCGGACUCGAUCUCCCAGGCACAUUGUGGAUCAGUUACGUCCACCAACUCCAAGGACGGCAAGACAAAGAAGACUUUGAGCGAGCUUUUCGGUCAGUAG